CGACGGCCGCAGGAUGUGGAAGUCGCGGACAAAGGAGCGAGUGCAUUCGUCGGCAUUAUUUGUGGACGAUUGAUUGUCGAUGGCAAUGUACGGAGCCCGAGGCUUUGAUCCACAAUCGCCAGAUACUCCCUUCCCCUUCAUCGCCCCCGAUUUCUUGCUUGCUCGCUCGCUUGCUUGCUUGCUUGCUGCCUUUCUCGCGCUGCAGCGCAGGGUCAGCUUGCGUAGCUGUAGGCACUAGAGCCUUUUGAUGUGGGCUCGUCUGGCUGACUCCGGUGACCCGAGACGAGCAGCCUCGCGCAUUGAGGGACUCAGAGAGGAGAGGGAGGUAGAGGCAGUGGACUGCGAGAGGACCACCUUUCUCAUACUAAACUGGUGGCUUUGAGGAACGAGCUUUAAGGUUGCAGAGACUAAUUUUCGCAAUUGCCGCCCUGUUUAGCAUGUAGGCGUCUAAUCCUGCGUCAUUUGAAUGCUUGAGGCUUGAGCGCGCGCGUGGUGCUUGGAUGCUUGGAUGGUGGCAUUACCUUUCUCUAGCUUAUCCGGGCAGAGUAGGGAGCGCUCGGUUGAAGACCGGGAGGCUUUGUUGCUUCUUUCGGCGGGUGAGAAUCUGAGUUCUAAGGUUUUGGAUACCAAUUCCCUUCUUCUCGGAUGCCGCUUGCGUUCGAAGAGCCAUCGCUCUCCCGAAGUGAAAGAGGUGGAAGCGAGCAGCAGGUGUUUCGAGCUACGCCGGGGCACGUGUCUGAGCUCAAAUGCGAUUGUCGGCCUGAUCGAUUUGAAUUUACGCUCCGAAUCUUGGCGCAUGGAUUUGCCAUGAACCGAGUAUGCUGUACUCUUUGUGUCGUUGAGUACAGAGCGAACUGAUUGCGUCUACGGCUGAAGGUCUCAAAUUCGCCGGGAGUACCCCCUACAGUCUUCCUGAACCUUCCUGCCGUAGGCGCCUUCCCCGGUGCAGGUGUCUAAGCUAGGAAUUCGCUAGGGAGCUCACCGGGCUAAACGAGGGAACGGCAUUGUUUUGAGGGUGCGGACUUCGAGAUACAGGAGUGUCUGGCAUGAAGACCCCGUCGUUUUACGAUGAACACAUGAAAACCUUCGAAGGAAUGCGUCAUAAGGUGAAUGUGCUCAUGACAGGAAGCUCACUGCACCGAGGCUUAGCGCAGCUGUGAGGGUCUGCUGCCUGGAAUCUACACGCUCCUAGCGUGUGCACGGGACGACAGGGGUUGCCAAUGUCGGAUUAGUAGCCUCGUGUUCGUCUGCGUACUGGAAUGAUAUAGGAUGAUUCACAAAUCACGUCUCUUAGAUCUAGGAACGGAAGAGCCGGAUGCAGAAGUCUGAAGUGCAUCUAAGGUUCCACUAGAGGGUUCCCUCAGGAAGUCAGGAUCCUUCUCCAGGCCGGAUUAUGACAACUGUCGGACUGAGCUUCAAAGGGAUGAAGGAUACUGUGUUCUUACCCUCAAACGAGUCGUCUGGUCUAGUGAAGGCCCUACUGGAACUAGACGAUUCUCCAACCGGCAGUGAUGAGGAAUUUCUAGAUUUCCAAUUCAAAAUAGCAGACGCCAAAGCUCGUGAGCGAGAGGCCUCCGAACAGCUUUCGGAUUGGAGAGCUGCUUUCGCGAAUCUUCAGUUGAGGCAGGCUCAAGAGAUCGCUGAAUUCGCACUUCAUCAGCGCAAUGAGGAUGAGCAACGGAACGCGCAGCAGACCGUGGAACUGAGCGAGUUGCGUUCAUCUCUGCAGGCGUGUGAGCUCGAGCUCGAGCGGGUUAAAGCGGAAAACGCAGGUCUGCUUCAACACAAGUCCGAGUUGGAAAAGGAUUUCGAGCAGGAGCUUAGAUACAGUGAAAACCUUCGACAGAACAUCAAUGAGCACAACCACAUGCAAGAGCGGUUGGUACAUGAAAAUCUGGAGUUAAAGAGGGCUUUGGAUGAAGCCACAGUAACGACGGGGAGGCUGAAAGAAGCUCUGGUGGAGAAAGCAUCGGAAUUGUCGGCUUGGCUUGGACUGGAUGGAAUCAACAUACAAGCGAUUCCGUCUUCAAUCUUGGACGAGAAGACUUCUUUGAAUCGGGAAGAAAAGAAAGCGUGCAACGCCCAUGGUGAGGAUAGCCAAGGAUUCGAUACAAGUGAGAAAAGUGGUGCGAUGAGGUCUCAAGACGCGAACGAACGCACUGACUCGUCCCGGGUAACCGACGAAGCCACGACUUCGGUGCAGUGCGGUGCCGCAAGCACGAGUGCUUCCUUGGAUGAUGAUUGUGCAGACAUGAAGCACGAGGUUCCCAGUGAGCGGUUGCCAUCGCCUAGAGAGACCACCGUCAGAAAUGCAAACGACUCGCAUCGGUGUAAAGGGCUCUCAGUUCGUGACCUAAUUGCCGAAGAAAGAAAGUCGUUUGAGCAUGACUCCAGUCCAGGUAAGAAAGAGCGGAUACUUACUUUGGAGCAAAAAAUCCAGGAGCUGCAGCUUGAGUUAGAUGGUCUGCAAUCCCAACAUCAUCAUUCCAAAGACGACAUCGAACUGUGGGUAUUCAAGCAAAGGUCUUGUCCGUCACCACUUACGGAGGCGGUCAAAGAUGACACGGAAUUUGAAGCCAGGCUAAGCAGUGAUUCAUCGAGCACUACUGAGAAAGCCGAAAUCACUGUCUCCGCGCAACCGGGGUCAAGUUUCAGCAACGAGGCCGGUACUAGUGCUGACCAUGCGAAGAGAAACGCUGGAGCCCUUGGAUUGGAUCACACUAUUCCGACUUCAAAUUCUCUUCCAUCCAUGGCCGAUGAUACAGCUGUCUCCCAAGGAUCCCCGUCUCGCUAUGAAGAUGGCGAAGCCUCCUGGGUAGGUUCUCGAGCUGACCUGGAGGACAAGCACAUUUGUACUAAUCCUAACCAAUUAUGGUCCCUGACCUCUGUUUCCGAACUUGUCGAGUCUAUUACCGAGGAACUCACCAAGUUACUCAGGGUAGUUAUUAAAACCCCCAGUUCGUCAUUACGGAACAGCUUCAAUGACCUGGAGAGGAGAGUGAAGGUUUGGAGUAAUAUCACCUCCAAAGCUUUGCAGUCCAAGGUGUCGAAGACCGGUGCUCUUGAGGAAUGGAAGGAGCUAGUUGUCGACUUUCUGAGUAAAUCUCGCCAGGAGCUCAUCACUCUUCACCAGCGACUUCAUGAUUGUGAGGAUGAAUUGUCUUCAGUGGACAAGUUACGUGCUGAAAGCCUCGUAGCUACCCAGACCAUCACUUUCCUGAAAGAUGAAAUUAACAAACUGGAGGCUCAAAAUUUCACUGAUCACAUCGAAAGAGAAGAGGAGGUGAAUGUGCUGAAGAAGGAUCUGGAAUACGCCCACACUCUCAUUUCUGCUGCUCAGAGGAAAUCGUCGGAGGAGCACAAGUUAGCUCUAACAUUAAAGGAUCAACUCCGGAAGGUCGAACUGGAGUUAGAACAUUCGAAGCAAGGCUGGGCAGCCGAGCAGGACUUCAUCGAUUCGUGCUUCGGAGACGAAAGUGGCGAUUUAUUCGGAGAAGACAGGUCAUUCAGCAAGAAGGAUGUGGACACUUUAGAGAAGAAAGUUGAGGAGCUCACCAGCCGGCUGGAGGAAAACGAGAGAGAGCUUGGUGAGUUAAUGGUCAUCAGUGGAAUUGAUUUUGACGCAGUCGUAUCUGCAAAGUUGAAGAGGAUGGAGCAGAGGCUAGAAGAUUCUAAAGCUUCGGAGUCCCUUGUCCGAGCAGAAAAGACAGAAUUAGCAUCACAGGUAUCCUGGCUAAAAUCCAAGCUUGCCGAGGUUGAGCACGAACUCCAUCUUGAGAAUCAGCAGCACGUGGAGAUUCUGAUUCGAUAUGAGGAGGAACAAGGUCAGCUUGAAGCGUCAUCUAGGUCCGAGCGGGAUUCUCUGAAUGCCAAAGUGACACAGCUCGAGAAACUUCUGGCAGAGAAAACCAAGCAGUUUGAGACUGGUCACCCUGGUUCACCUACUUACCAGGUCCACAGGCUGCGGGCAAAUGUACUUGCUCUUGAAACCAGCCUAGCGGCCGAACGGCAGAAGGGUAUAGACAGCGAGGCAUGCAUGGAAGCCCACCUAAUUAAGGAGAAGGACAAGAAUAACGACUUAGAGACUAAGCUCACCACAUUGCAGAGCACUGUCACAUCACUGAAAUCUGAGUUGAGUGAAGCUGAACAAAGGGAAAAGCGAGCACAAAGUCAGAUUGAGAAGCUCAUGAUAGAGUUAGGUAUUGCGAAGGAGGAGGUGCUCAAGUGUGAGGUCCGAAUGCAGAAAACUAUACGUCAAGCGAAGGAGGACGUAGAUGCUGAGAAGAGGAGGCUCGAGGAGAGCCACAACAACCAAAAGCAAAUGGAGUGGCACCUUUGCCGGCAAAUUGAACUGACAGAGGGCCUCGAGAGAGAGAAAGCCAAGAUUCGAGAAGUACUGGAGGAGUUUGAGAUUCAAAAUUUGGCCCUUGAGAAGGAAAGGGACGACCUUAGAACAGCGUACAUGCAACUGGCAAGACAGACAGCUCAAAGAGUUGGCUUCCUGUGCGGACUUUUCUUCUUUAGACCAAAUCGAAAAUUUUGAGUCGUUUGGGCUUCAUGGAUUGCCUGUCUUGGCUACAGAAGGGGCAAAGCCGACACUUACCACAUUCCUUUGCGAGCUGGAUUGAGAAAGGACGAGAUUCUAAGGAGUUGACCUCGUUCAGCUGAUAUCCGCAUCUCCUCGAAUUUUCCUGAACGUGCAAGCGUUGCAGCUGUAAGCCCCAUAACGCGUGAUCAGAUCUCUCUUUCACAGCUUGCCAGAAAAAUCCUUGCCGAUCAAGUUCCUGAUGCCUGUGUACCUCUAUCAUGGGAGAGGCAGCAGACGGAGGGUGUGACAGCAUCCCAAGUGAUACUAACGUUGACGAGCCCGCCGAGCAAGUGUAACCAGUCUCCGACGAGUCACGACUUCACUCAAAAAACUGGUGUUCGUUUGUCUAUUAGCUGCUAUAAAGACGAUGUUCCUUCAAGUAGCCAGCUCCAAGGCGUGCUGGAGUUUGGGAAAUAUUUUCUUUUGGUCUCUGGAAUGAGGAUAUUGGGAGUCUUUUGUUACG